GCCCAGUCGCAACGCUGGACGGAUGACGUUUGCAAAUCUGAUGUUUGUGCUUUGUGGCUGUUAGCUGGGAACGCCACACUCUCAAACAACAAGAUAUAAGCUUUAUUCAGACGAAAUGUCGACGAUAGUACAAUAAAAAGAGCAACCGGGACGGACGUUUCAUAUUCCCGUUUACUGGCUUUAUACCCUCAACCCGAAGAAGGCCUGUUGUUAGAGGAAAUCCCCGGACUGAACUGCGACUCCAGGCCGACCUGACAGGACAUGCCACGGGAGAGAAAGCUGCUCAAAGCUCGCCUUUCUUCGCGUGUUUUACCUGUAAAACAAACGGCAAGUGCCUGAACUAAAACCAAAAGACUUUAAUAAGACAUAAGACUGUCAAACUGACAUGAAAAUGUAUUAAAACCGAUCGAGGGGGUGAGGUUUAUGGAGUGUUAGCAGACAGUGCUGAUAAGCAGGUAGAGUAGCUCAGGUGACCCUCGUUGAAAGUAAUGAUUUUUGUUUUAGAUUUUUUUGCUAACAACUAGCAAAGAGCAAAACCUGAGCAUGUAAAUAGUAAAAUAUUUAGUCACUAAGGUCAACUACUUAUUCAUUAAGAAAGUUAUUGUGAGAAUAUUCAGAAGUAUUUUGUAAACAUGCUUAAACCUUAGAUUGCAUGUAGUAUUUCGUAGAAAACGACAUUAUUGUAAGCACCAGCUCUUCGUUGUAUGAGGAAAACUACAGUCUACUUGUUCUCACCACAAGUGUUGCAAUCACCUGUAAGACCAGUGUGAGGGUCGCCAUUUCUGGAGCGUUUACAACUGAGGACUCGAAUUGGUCAGGAUGAACCGUUACCUGCCAGUGGCACGGCAGCACUUUCUGAGUGCUUUGGCAAGCACGAGCGUGGUGGUCAAGUCGAUAUGUGCCACAGUGAUCCUGCUUUACCUGCUGUCCUGGGCUGCUAACACCCCUUACCUUCUUGGCGUCACACCGGGCUUCCUUUUCCCUCCUAACUUCUGGAUAUGGACACUUCUGACCCAUGCGGUGGUGGAGCAGCAUGUUUUUGGGAUGGCUGUGAACAUCGCUACUGUGAUGGUCGCCGGACGGCUUUUGGAGCCGUUAUGGGGAGCUUUGGAGCUGCUGAUCUUCUUUGCUGUAGUAAAUGUAGCAGCUGGUCUCCUGUCAGGACUCUCGUAUCUUUUCACCUAUGCUGCAACCUUUGACCUGGACUAUCUAUUUGCAGUGCGGGUGUAUGGCGCACCUGCUUUUCUGGGUGGUGUUCUUGUAGCAUUAAAGCAGACUGCAGGUGACACUACAGUGCUUCGAGUUCCUCAAGUACGCUUGAAAGCCGCUCCGGCACUAUCUUUGCUUGCCAUAGCUGUCCUGCGGCUAGCGGGGUUGCUGGACACGUCGGCUCCACUUGCAGCAUGUGGGUAUGGCGCACUAUCCGGGUGGGUUUACCUGCGCUUCUACCAGAGGCACUCUAGGGGGCGUGGAGACAUGUCGGACCACUUUGCCUUCGCCUCUUUCUUCCCAGAGGCCCUUCAGCCAGCUGUUGGCUUCGCAGCUGGACUUGUGCACGCUGCCCUGGUGAAGAUUAAAAUUUGUCGUAAGAUGGUGAAGCGAUACGAUGUUGGGGCUCCUUCCUCCAUCACCAUCAGCCUGCCAGGCACAGACCCACAAGAUGCAGAAAGACGGAGACAACUGGCAUUGAAAGCUCUGAAUGAGCGUUUGAAGCGUGUUGAAGACCAGUCGGCUUGGCCCAGCAUGGAAGAUGAGGAGGAUGAUGAAGAUGAGGAAGUGCGAACCGACACUCCUCUCCUUUCAAGUCGAGAAACAUUACCACCAGCACCCAGCACCACACAAAACCCUACGGGACAACAGGAGUCCAGCAUCAUAAGUUUUGAAGAUGCUCCGACCCAUUCCUAACACACACACACAAUCUUUCUUUUUUGGUCCUGCAGAGUUCAGUUUACCCUUACAAUCACAAAUUCUACUGGAGACAACACGCACUCUCACACACACAAUUAUUUUGGUAAAGCUUUACAUACACAAAUGAGAAGUUGCCACUAAAUGAACAUCCAAAUAAAAAAUUAAACGAGGAAAUCCACACUCAGUUUUUUAGCUGUGUAAAAAACCCUGGAUUAGCCUGAAACUUAGCGUCUGCAGUGCUCCACUACUUCUGCUUUGUAAAAACAACAAUAUCUUCUCUCCCUCUGGCCUCUUGUGUAAGGUCUCUGGGAUGUGUUUUUCUGAAUAAAUGCUCUCUGAUGGUUGAUGGGAUUAACACUCGGUUUUAUAUGUGUCUGACUCUACAAAAUGUUUAUGGGUUGAAUUUUUUUUGGCCUCGUAUCAGGAAAAAAGGCAAGAUUCCUGGUAUUUAUUAAGCUGAAGAUGGGACUUCUUGCUGCUUUUUGAUGUGAUGGCAUCAUAUGAAUGUCUGAAACGUCAAGGGCCGUGUUGCUAAAGGUGGAGAAUGUUUAUGCAGAUUUUAGGACUUUUCAAAGAUCGCGUGAUCUGUAAUUUAAGGUUCGGCUCUUGUUGAUCAGGAAGUGGCCCUAUGAUUUCCUGUUUUCUGUCACUAUUCGAUUGGUGGAGCCUUAACUGAGAGAGUUGGAUACAGUCAUUUCAAAGAUAUUUUUGUUCAGGAUAGUUUGAAAUGAUAUUAGCAAUACUGAAUCUGAUUCUGUCUCCUGUUGUAUCUUUUUCCUCAUCUGUACUUUAAUGAUCUGUCUUUAAGUGUUGGCUUUGAUAAGAGUGUUGCACUCUAAAUUAUGAGCUUGCAUAUUGGACCUGUUUUUAUAAAACACAGAUUGUCUACACAAUGUGGCAUGCGUUUCAUUUAAUGCAGAUUCUGACAAGCUCAGCUGUUUCUCUGGAGAAACAUGGUUAUGUGUGGUUUUUGAAUGGGGUUCAUGAAUUUUUCACUAAUACAUUUUAACCCUUAUUUUUCUUUGGGGAUUUUAUUAGUAAUUGUUGGUCUGUUUUAUUAUGGUUCAUAGGUGUCAUGCUUCUCUCACAGUCUCAUUCUCUGAUUCCAAUUUCACCCUGAUCUCUCUCCAUCUGUAAUAAAGAUUACAUGAAAUCAAA